AUGAGAAAAUUGUGUCCAAAUUUUGAAAAGGAAAAUGGAUUGGAUACAGUUCUUGAGGUUCCAAUUCCAGAGGAAAUGUUGACAAAUAUGGGAACCAAUGGGUUCAAUCGUUGGCAGAACCUAAAAACUCUAAUGAAUAAUGCUCAAGUUGCUGAUAAAUCAUCAUGUUUAUCUGCACACACAAAUCAUGAAUUCACCGCAUUGCUUAAGCUCAUUGGUGCUCCUCUUAUUCCUCUUCAGGUUCAAUCUGACAAUACUUUGACUCGGCCCCUUAGAGAUUGUUCCAUUGGAGAUUCAAUUGGAAAAUACAUAGUACAACAGUAUGUAGCAGCAACUGGAGGGCAAGGUGCAUUGAAUUCAUUGAAAAACAUGUAUGCAAUGGGAGAAGUUAGAAUAAAUGGAUCGGAUAUGCAUCAAAGUGCCGAUGAUAAUAGCGUUGGUUCAUCAAGAGGCAAAGCUGAAGUAGGAGGUUUUGUGCUAUGGCAACAGAAUCCAGAUUUAUGGUGCUUAGAAUUGGUUGUCUCUGGUUUCAAAAUUACUGCUGGUAGUAAUGGAAAAGUAUCAUGGAACCAAUCCUCUUCUCAACCUUUUCAAUCAAAUAAAGGCCCUCCUAGACCCCUUCGACGCUUCUUUCAGGGGUUGGAUCCAAGGUGUACAGCAAACUUGUUCCUAGAUGCUGAAUGUGUAGGAGAAAACGAAAUUAACAACGAUGUGUGUUUCAUUCUAAAAUUACAAACUGAGCAACAAACCCUCCAAGCUCAAAGCACAUCAAACACUGAAAUUAUAAUGCACACAAUAAUGGGAUACUUUAGCCAACGGACAGGACUACUUGUCAAAUUUGAGGACACCAAAUUGCUGAGAAUGAAACCUGUUAAAGGAAAAGACUCGGUAUUUUGGGAAACACAUAUCGAGUCUACAGUCGAAGAUUAUAGAUGUAUUGGUGGCAUUAAUAUAGCUCAUGGUGGGAGGACAGUUUCGACGCUUUAUAGGUAUGGCGGAUCGCAUAAUCAUAAACAAAUGAUUGAGGAAAUAUGGAGUAUUGAAGAAGUUGAUUUCAACAUUUUUGGAUUGUCUAUGGAUUGUUUUCUUCCUCCCUCUGAUCAUGAGAAGGAACAUGAUGGUGCAGAGCAAACUGUGGCAUUGAGUUAGAAUUUUGCUUCAUUUUACUCU